AUGGCUGGGAACGUCGUUCGGCAAAAACCACGCAGACUCGUGCUAGUAGUACCUGCUGCUAGUAGCCACGAUAACGAGCCUACUACUGGUAGUAGCAGCCACAGUCACGUUCUUACUGCUGCUACUAAUCGGUACGAUCACGAGGCUACUGCUACUAGGUACGACCUCGCAGAUCUUGUGAUUCCGGUGGAAACCCCCCGCGGAGCCGGUUUUUCCGCCGUGCGCAGCCCGCACGCGGAAGUUGUUCGGCGAAAAGCCGCGCCGUCGCUCGAGAUGGACGCGCAGUGGCGCGACGAUGCGGCGGCGGUGGCGGCUUCCGCGAAGCCUGCGCGCAGCGGAUGCUCAGCUGCAGAACGCGCAAGCGUUAUGAAAGGCUCGCGCGACAAGAAAGACGGCGCAAGCACGAUCUCGGGCGGCGAUGGCGCAAAGCGCAGUCACGGAAAGCAGCGCCGCCGCCGCGGAAGCAGCGCCGUCGGGAAAUGCAGCGCCGCCGGCGGUUACCGGUCUGACGACAGCAACGCCGGCGCGGACGUUCCCGGCGGUUGUUUCAGCCUCUUCAGCCCGCGCGUGAAAAUCGCUACGAGUGCGCGGAAGAUAAGCGCCGCGGGUUCCGCCUCAGGUGCUCGACCGGGUUCCGCCACAGGUGUUCGACCGGGUUCCGCCACAGGUGUUCGACCGGGUUCCGCCACAGGUGUUCGUCCGCCUGUGCGCGGGGCUUCCGCCGACCAUUUCCGCUUCCGCCGGUCGCGGUCGACGUCGCACUUGGAUGAGAGAAGCGGCGCUGGCGACAGCACCAAGGGCACCAGCGGAAGCACAAAAAACAUUCAAAGGGAAGGGGGAGGGGGAGGGGGAGGGGGAGGGGGAGGGGGAGGGGGAGGGGGAGGGGGAGGGGGAGGGGGAGGAGAAGGAGGAGGGGGAGGAGGAGGAGGAGGAAAGGAGCUUUCAACAUUCGAAGGGGCGGGUGGCGAAGCAGCAACAGGUGCUCGACCGGGUUCCGCCACAGGUGUUCGACCGGGUUCCGCCACAGGUGUUCGACCGGGUUCCGCCACAGGUGUUCGUCCGCCUGUGCGCGGGGCUUCCGCCGACCAUUUCCGCUUCCGCCGGUCGCGGUCGACGUCGCACUUGGAUGAGAGAAGCGGCGCUGGCGACAGCACCAAGGGCACCAGCGGAAGCACAAAAAACAUUCAAAGGGAAGGGGGAGGGGGAGGGGGAGGGGGAGGAGAAGGAGGAGGGGGAGGAGGAGGAGGAGGAAAGGAGCUUUCAACAUUCGAAGGGGCGGGUGGCGAAGCAGCAACAGCACCAGCAUCUCAACGACAGCCUCAUGCGCCCCAUUCGGUCCAUCUGCCCGCGUCGCCCCGAUCACCUCGUCACGCGCCAUCCCCGCGCUCUCGACCGAGCCGCCACCUCAUCUCCUCACCGCGACUCGCUCGCCUCCUCGUCACCUCGUCUCCUCGCCAUCGCGCCCUCGGUCCGCCGCCUUCGCACGAUCGUCGCGCCAGCCGCAGAGCCGCGUCUGCGACAGAACGCGACUUUAUGGCUUUCGAGAAUCUCGGGAACCUCGAGAGUUCCCAAGGAUUCGAGAUUUUCGAAGCGCUCGAAGCGCCAAGCUCUAGUAGACACCCUUAUGCUUGUAACGCGCCUCGGAGCAACCGCGCCGUCCGUAGAGCACGCUCCGUCGUAGAGCGCGGCUCCGCCACAUCCCCUUCCACCGUAGAUCGCGGCGGCCCUCGCGCUUUCUCCGCCACAUCCCCUUCCCCCGAAAGUCGUUCCGGCUCGUUCCGCCCCAAAAAUGCCCGCGACUCUGCCGAUAACCUUGUCAGCAACGGUUACAGUUAUGAUGAAGACGACAACCAUCAUAUCGAUGACGACUAUGACGAGUACAACGGUAAGCAUGACGGAGUCGUGACGGCGCCCGGCGGUUACAGUUACAAUAAUGGCGACGAUAAUCUCAAGGACGCGGGGGUUGUGACGGCGUGGCCAGUGCAGCUGGAAGGCGCAGCAAGAGGCGUUUCCGCAUCAGAAAAGGGCGCUGCAGCAAGGGGAGUUCGCGUGGGGAAGCCGUUUGGGGGGGGACUAAUCGGGGGGGAGCAAUCACCUCAGGGAAACAAGCCUAGGGACGCUCCAAAACCGUCCCCUGGCAGCGCAACACCAACUGGCCAACACCACAGGUCUUGUAGUUUUGAGGCGUCUCAAAGGGGAACGGGUUGGGGAAAGCAACCACCCAGGAACGCUCCGAAACCGUCCAGUGGCAGCAGCACAACACCACCUCGCCAACACCACAGGCCUUCCCCAUCCAUUUUCCCCCGCCCCCCUCCCCUUACCAUACACCCAGAUUUACCAGACUCUGUAACCUCGUCCUCCCAGUCCCCCUCCUCCCCCUGCCUUUCCCCCACUUUCCCCUGCCCCACCCUCCCCAUCUCCUCCCCCAAUCCCCCGUCCGUCUCCCCAUCCAAGCCCCCCCGCUUCCCCCCUCGUUCCCCAAAGCUUUCCCCCUCCUCCUCCUCCAUCCGAGUCUCCCCCUCUUCAUCCAUCAGGGCCUCCUACUCUAUUGACAUUCCAGGAGUGGGGGGAGGUGCACAGGAGUGGAAAAAGGUGCACCAAAAUGCACACCACUUGAUAAGUAAGGAGCUCUGGAGGUAUUGA